AUUCAUGAUAUUGUUAAAAAAGAAAAUCCUAUUUUAUGAUAAAUGCAAAUCUAGUAAGAAAGCCUUUAUUUCAUCAAAAAUUAAACCAACCAAAAUAAGAAAAUCCAUUAAAUCAUCCACAACUCCCCAACUUCAUCAGACGGUGCCUAACAAAUCAAUAAAAAAGAUACAAGAAAACCAUGCGUACGCAGUUCUCUCUGAAUCUUGAACUGCAGUAUAUUUCCUUUUCUGUUGUAAAAUCUUACUGAUUACGAGAGAAUAGAGCAAAAGAAUGCAAUAUAACCAGAGUGAAGCCAAUUCUAAAGGGGUCGUUUCCAAGUCAACAUGCAAACUUGUCAAUGACCAAGUUGGAAUUUUCGCAGUUAAAUUAAAACCAUUUCUUGACUUGAUCAAGUAUUUAUAGUUCUUGAUCAAGAAGGGGCAGAGAAAGGAAGAAAGAAAAGAAAAGAAAUGAAGAACGAAGAGAAAGGCCGGUCUUUGUUUGGGAUUUCACUAUCUGAUAGACCCAGAUGGCAACAGUUCCUUAUUUGCUCUUCUGGGUUCUUCUUUGGCUACCUUGUGAAUGGCAUCUGUGAGGAAUACGUAUAUAACAGGCUUCAGUUUAGCUAUGGCUGGUACUUCACAUUUGUUCAAAUCUUUGUGUACAUAUUCCUGAUUUACCUUCAAGGCUUUACGCCUGCACAAAUGGUGAACCCAUGGAAGACUUAUGUCAAGCUCUCUGCUGUUCUUAUGGGUUCUCAUGGACUCACCAAAGGGUCUUUAGCUUUUCUUAAUUACCCUGCACAAAUCAUGUUUAAAUCCACCAAGGUUCUGCCAGUAAUGGUAAUGGGUGCCUUUAUUCCAGGACUGAGAAGGAGAUACCCAGUUCAUGAAUAUGUAUCAGCGCUACUUUUAGUAGUUGGGUUGAUUCUUUUCACCUUGGCAGAUGCUAAAACUUCCCCUAAUUUCCAUACCAUUGGGGUUGUGAUGAUAUCUGGUGCUUUAAUCAUGGAUGCCUUUCUUGGUAAUUUACAAGAAGCUAUCUUUACUAUCAAUCCUGAAACUACACAGAUGGAGAUGCUGUUUUGUUCAAGUGUAGUGGGUCUACCUUUCUUGAUUCCUCCAAUGAUUUUGACAGGAGAGUUGUUCAGAGCUUGGAAUUCAUGUUCUCAGCAUCCAUAUGUAUAUGGUGUAUUGAUCUUUGAAGCCAUGGCCACAUUUGUUGGCCAAGUUUCUGUCCUUUCCCUCAUUGCCCUUUUUGGCGCUGCCACCACAGCCAUGGUGACGACGGCAAGGAAGGCGGUAACCUUGCUGCUAUCAUAUAUGAUAUUCACGAAGCCAUUGACAGAACAGCACGGGACUGGUCUUCUAUUGAUAGCCAUGGGGAUUACAUUGAAACUCCUGCCUGAUAACAACCCUCAUAAGAGGAACUCCUCUAACUCAUCCAAGACCAAGAUUCAUAAAUCUUCAUCUACUGAUCAACAAGGGACUGCUAAUUCUCAAGAAGAGAAGACCCUCUUAUGAGGAUUAUUGUUGUCGUCACAAAUUUAUUUCCUUUUGCCUAUUUCGUCGCUUGUUUACGUAAAAUAGGGGAAAGUAAUAGCAAUUGGUUGUAUCUUUCUACACUAAUGUAAUCCAACUUGUCUUCUUUAUUUAUUUAUUUAUUUGUAUUUGCUUGCUAA